UUUCUCUGACCUGAGACGUAAGGAAAUGUGUCGUGCUGACGCAGAUGGCUAUUUCGUUGAAGAGUUGCUGAUAAUAUUAUUCUAGGCAAAUAGCGAAUUUGCGAUAUGUCUGGUUGAUAUAAACCUGGAGAAUUACCGGAAAAGUUCUGAGAAAAGGUUAACGAGAGAGCUUAUGCCUUCGCAUUUCUAGUUCUUUUGACGACGAUUCCGAUUACGCUAUGAUACGGCAAAUAAAGAUGGAACCAGAAGCGAUAUUUUCAUCUGAGGAUGAUCUCAUAGCACAGCUACAACAGGAAAGUUCUGAUCUAGAGGUCGAGCCUAGCUUUUCGUUGGACUCCCUGAAUGGAGAUUAUAGCAAUGAAGGUGUUCUAAUGCAGCACAUGGACAUUAGGGAGCCCUUAUCCGUGUUAAGGACUCUCUUACAGGAAAGGCUCUCUUUAGAUUUAAGAAAUUAUUCAUUUUGGUUACAAAAUGCACAGAUGCUGGAAAGCCACAAGAAUUUAGUUGAUCAAUGUGUCCAAGGAGAAGGACUGGUUCAGAUUAAUGUACAAAUAAAGCCGAUGCAGAAACGCAUCAAUAUAGUAGACGUUCUUAAGCCAGCGGAUGAUUUCAUUGAAAUUGUAGAAAAUUUACCGGUCACUACUGCUCUGGAAAACAAAUCGAAUGUCAUAAAGUGGAUGAUAGAUGCGCAGUAUAAAAAGGAUCAGGAGCGAUUGAAAAUACCAAAUGACCCAAGAGAGUGGACGGAAACCCACGUAAAACAUUGGCUGCAAUGGGCUGUUAGACAAUUCAAUAUACUAUCGUUACGUUUGGCUGAUUGGAAUAUUACCGGAGAGCAAUUGUGUAACCUUACAAUGGAGGAGUUUCAUGCAAAAGUGCCUCUUGAUCCAGGAGACGUGUUUUGGACACAUUUCGAACUUCUUAGAAAAUGCAAAUUUGUUGCUGUUGUACAAAAAGAUACACCGGACUUGUCCAAUGAAAGUGUUGCAGAGAAGUCUAUUAAAGUACGAAGUCAGAAAGUAACAAAACCGAAGCCUACCGUAAACCAACAGACACGUGUAAUUAACGUACCGUUAGAAAAUGUCGAUCCAACUUCCAUUACUAUUGCCAGUUCUAGUCGAACCGUUAAUAGCGGCCAGAUACAGCUGUGGCAAUUUUUGUUAGAAUUAUUAACGGAUAAAGAAUAUAGGAACGAGAUUCAGUGGGUAGGAACUGAAGGAGAGUUCAAACUUAAUCAGCCGGAAGUAGUGGCGCAAUUGUGGGGAGCUCGAAAAAAUAAGCCGUCGAUGAAUUACGAAAAACUGAGUAGAGCUCUUCGAUAUUAUUACGAUGGCGACAUGAUUUCUAAAGUUCAUGGCAAGCGAUUCGUUUACAAAUUCGUUUGUGACUUAAAACAGUUAUUAGGUUACUCAGCGGCAGAAUUGAGUAAACUUGUUGAUCAAGGGAGAUUGAGUAAGCUUGUUGAGGAAGGGAGAUAUUUCUGAUAAAUCGUUUCAGGAGACACGGUAGUGUCUCGGCGCUAAGACGUGCCGCGAGACACUGUCGUGCUCCUUUUUUUCGAUUACUUCUAAACAAUACUAUAAAAGAUCGUUUCUUGACAAGAGAUUUUACUGUAAUAUAUUAUAAUAACUUACUGC